CAGGAAUGUUUGGGUAAACGAAGAAAUGCGUAUUAUAUUUAAGUUGAAAGCAAACGUUGACCAAAGAGAAACAUUAGCACGUGUGGAAAUUGUCUUUGGCAAAUUUACAGAAUUGAACGAUUAUUUGACCACUAACAAAAUUUAUAGAUAUGGAAGAUAAUUCAGAGAAAGGUUUAAAAAAGUUAAAGAAACUAAAAAAUUCGGGGAAGAAACAAAAGUUACUCAAGGUGCAACAAAACAGAUUUGGUCAAGCAGCAGAAAAAUCAGAUAUAUAUAAAGUUGAAACAAAUAAAGACCUAAAGAAAAGAAAAAAGAAAAAAAAGAAACAGCAAACAGUCCCUGAAAAAGUUGAUAAAGUAGUUGAAGAAGAAGAUGAUGAUGAAGAUUUAGAGAGUCAGUCUGACAGUGAAGAUACAGGCCUUCCAUUAAAUACAGGGGAUGCUGAAGAAGACCAAUCAGAUGAAAAUAUGGAUGAUGGGGAUGAUGCAAACAAUGAGGAAGAUGGUGAUGAAAAAGAAGACAAUGAGGAGGGAUCUGAAAGUCCAAAGAAGAAACAGAAAGCAAAUUCAACUGAGAAAACAGAAAAAUAUAUAACAAGCACAUGUUCUAAGAAUAUAUUGACAGAGUCAAUGUUUUCAUCAUUAGAUGUCUCAGAUUUGACGCAGAAAGGAGUCGAAGAUAUGGGAUUUACAAACAUGACUGAAAUUCAGGCUAACUCCAUUCCUCACCUGUUACAAGGGAGGGAUUUAAUGGGCGCUGCUAGAACAGGAAGUGGUAAAACAUUAGCCUUCUUAAUUCCGGCUGUAGAACUCAUGUACAAGUUGAAAUUUAUGCCAAGAAAUGGAACUGGUUGUAUAGUUAUCUCCCCUACUAGAGAACUCUCAAUGCAGACUUUUGGAGUACUGAAAGAGUUAUUAAAGUAUCAUUGUCACACAUUUGGAUUGAUUAUGGGUGGAACAAGUCGACAAGAUGAAGCAAAGAAGCUUGCCAAAGGAGUCAAUUUUCUAGUUGCAACACCAGGGAGACUACUAGAUCACUUGCAGAACACAGCAAAUUUUAUGUACAAGAAUCUACAGUGUUUGAUCAUUGAUGAAGCAGACAGGAUUUUAGAUAUUGGUUUUGAGGAAGAAAUGAAACAGAUUAUCAAAUUAUUACCAAAGAGAAGACAGACAAUGUUAUUCUCUGCUACACAGACCAGGAAGAUAGAAGAUUUGGCUCGUAUAUCCUUAAAGAAGGAACCAUUAUAUGUAGGAGUGGAUGACAAAAGGGAAAAGGCUACUGUUGAAGGAUUAGAGCAGGGCUAUAUAGUGUGUCCGUCAGACAAAAGAUUUCUGUUAUUAUUUACAUUCCUUAAAAAGAACAGAAAGAAGAAGGUGAUGGUUUUCUUUAGCUCCUGCAAAUCUGUUAAAUAUCACCAUGAACUGCUGAAUUAUAUAGAUCUGCCAGUCUCCUGUAUACAUGGUAAACAGAAACAGACCAAAAGAACUCAGUCAUUCUUCCAGUUUUGUAAUACCAAGGAAGCCAUCUUGUUAUGUACAGAUGUGGCAGCUAGAGGUCUCGAUAUUCCACAAGUAGAUUGGAUAGUUCAGUAUGACCCUCCAGAUGACCCCAAGGAGUAUAUCCACAGAGUAGGCAGGACAGCUCGAGGAGAAGGUGGUAUUGGACAUGCCUUGUUAUGUCUUCGACCAGAAGAGUUGGGAUUUCUAAGAUACCUCAAGCAGGCCAAAGUACCACUAAAUGAAUUUGAAUUUUCAUGGAGUAAAAUAUCUAAUAUUCAACCCCAGUUAGAGAAAUUGAUAGAAAAGAACUACUUCUUGCAUAAGUCAGCACAAGAGGCUUAUAAGUCAUACAUUAGGGCUUAUGCCUCACACAGUCUGAAGAACAUCUAUGAAGUGAACAGCUUAGACCUCAAUAAAGUGGCUCUGUCAUUUGGUUUCCAAGUUCCUCCAUUUGUUGAUCUAAAUGUACAUGGUAGCAGGAGUGAGAAGAUGAGCAGACGGGGAGGUGGAGGAGGAGGAUUUAACAGGAACAAACAACAAAAUAAGAGUAAAAUUUACAAACAAGUGGGUAAUAAAAAGUUCACGAGAUGAUAAGACAUUACAGACAUGGAGAUGGGAGUUUUGCAAUAUAAGACGGAAAUUACCAGGUUUAUGGAAUCAAAUAUAAAGCUCAAGAUUUAUUGAUUUUUCUCAGAAGGAACCCUGGAAUUGGAAGAUACAUCAGCUAAACUGAUUUAACGAUCAAAACAUUUGCUUUCCAGUUUUUUAAUUAUAAAAAAUAAGUUUUAUUGGUGUAAUAUUUGUAAAGUUGAAAAAAAACAUACAAGUCUAUUAACAAACUAUGCUAAAUGCCUCAUGUUUACAGAGUUAUAGUAGAAAGAUAUUGGUAUCACUUAAAUAAAAUAACAUAUUAGAAAACAAUGUUGAAAAAAAUAAUUUCAGAUACAGUCUCAGUCAUGAAAUUGGUUGAUUGAUGUAAAAAUGUUUUUAUACCUUGUCCAGGAUAUAAAAAAAGUCUUAGCAAACAUUAUAGCUACAACAAGAAAAUAGAAUAAAGAUUGCUAGGGUAAUAUAAUACAAAAAGCUUUUUUUAAUUAUGAAUAUUAGAAAAAAAAUGUCAACAAACAAAAGAUAGUUUCAAACUAGGGUAUUAUGUAAUCUGUAAGAGAUAUGCCUAGGAUAACAUAUGCACUUGUACAGACAGUGAUUUUAAUUUUUAAAAAAUUUUGAGAAUAUUUGCAUACUUGAAUAGCUUUUAUAGUCUGUAAGCUGUUACACUUUAAAAUUUAUGUAAAUAUUACUCUUCUACAGUCUUAAAUCAUCCAAAUACAUUUUACGGUACCAGUUAAUAAGAACUGUAUUACAAGUCAAAGUUCAAAAUGUAUUUGUCAAAGUAAGAAAACUCUUACCCUAUGAUGAAAAUAAUCACUUGCUGAAGUUGAAGUCUUUCAAUAAUAGAGAAAAAAAGAUGGAUAUUUUUAUGGUAAUGUACACUGACAUAUUUUAAUACCUUGUUAACUUUUUAUUAAAGAUAUGUUGUUAUUAUGUAAUUGAAAUGUGUAAAAUGAAUUAGAACAUAUAAAUACAUUGUCAUUAAAUGUAAAUUUUA